AUGGGCUCUCCUAUUUCCCCGAUCAUUGCCAAUAUAUUCAUGGAACACUUUGAGAAUGAAGUUUUGAAGUCAGCAGAGCAGAAACCUACUGUGUGGUUCAGGUAUGUGGACGAUACCUUUGUCAUCUGGCCACAUGGGUGUUCUGGUCUAAACCAAUUCCUGGAGUUCUUGAAUACUCAGCACCCGAGCAUCAUAUUCACCAUGGAAAUUGAGCAGAACGGAUGCCUCACAUUUCUGGAUGUCUCGGUUCGUCGCAAUGAGGGUGGCACUUUGGGUCAUCAAGUAUAUCGCAAGCCGACCCACACAGACAGGUACCUUAAUGCUACCUCCUAUCACCACCCCUCCCAGAAGAACUCUGCCAUUAGCUCCCUAAUGUACAGAGCUCUUACAAUCUCCCAACCCUCCAACGUCAACAGCGAAGUUGAACAUCUAAAGACAGCUCUGACCAAAAAUGGAUAUAACAUCAAACAAAUUCGAAAGGUCAAGCGAAAACUACAGAGCCAGCUCUCAUCUCCUCAAGAGGAGAUUAAUCCUGAAGAAAAUCGGGAGAAACCUAAAGUGGCCCUUCUCCUCUACCUGAGAGGCGCCACUGAACGCAUUAGCAGAGUACUCGGCAAACACAAUCCGAACAAUCUUCCAACCCCCAAAGAAGAUUGCACAGAUGCUACCGAGUGCGAAAUAUCUCAGACUACCUCUGAGUACACCAGGAGUGUACGAGAUUCCCUGCUUAUGGGGAAAAGUGUACAUUGGUGA